UUUAUUUUAUAAUUACUAACCAUGAACAUUGUAUGCAAAUGUAAUGAGCAUAUAAUGGACUAUCCUUUAUAACGGCCCCCUAAUCACAUAUUCACUAAAUCCCCCUUCAAGACUUCUCUUACAAAUAUUUGCAUGAAUCAAUCUUAGAUUCUUCAUACUUUCCAAAUAUGCCUAUAUCAAAACUCACCUUCUUCAUCUUUCUUCUUCUUUUUCAUUUCGCCAAUGGAUCCAACGCCACAGCUGCAAAGGUUGAUGUCGGAAUCAUUCUUGAUCUUCAGACACCUCUUGGAAAGAUGUACAAAACUUGUAUUUCCAUGGCCAUUGAAGACUUCUACUUCAAGAACAGUAAUUAUAGCACCGUGAUCGUGCCACAUUUCAAGGAUUCAAGCAAAGAUGUUGUUUCUGCAGCUUCUGCAGCCAUUGAUCUGCUGAAGAAUACUCAAGUAGUGGCUAUUUGGGGGCCGCAAACAUCCAUUCAAGCAGACUUUGUCAUAGAAAUCGGUGACAAAGUGGAAGUUCCAAUAGUAUCACCAGCAACGAGCCUGUCUCUAUCGCCUCACGAAUCGCCAUACUUGAUCAGAUCAUCAUGGUGUUUUGCUUUUCAAGCCAAAGCAAUAGCUGCAGUUGUGAAGAACUUUGGUUGGAGAGAGGUUUUCUUUAUCUAUGAGGAUACAAAAUAUGGUAGUGGAUUAGUACAAUUUUUGGCAGAGGAACUGCUAAACAGCAAUUCUUUUGUCUCAUCCAGAAAUGCAGUGUCUCCUUCUGCUGAAAAUGAUGAGAUUCUUCAGCAACUGAAUGAGAUAAAGAAGAAGCUGCAGGCAAAGGUGUUUGUGGUUCACAUGCUACCAUCUCUUGCAUCUCGGUUCUUCCAAAUGGCGAAAGAAGCUGGGAUGAUGAGCAAGGGGUACGCUUGGAUAGUUGCUGAUCCGCUAACUAGUUUAUUGGAUUCAGAAGGUAUUGAAGCAAUGCAGGGAGUAAUAGGUGUGAAGGCUUAUAUCCCAAAAUCUGACGAAGUUAUUAGCUUCGUUAGAAGAUGGAAGAAGAGGUUUUAUGAGGAGAAUCCGGAGAUUGAAAGACCAGAACUGAAUGUUUUUGGUUUGUGGGCUUAUGACAGCAUAGCUGCUGUAGCAGAAUCCGUAGAGCGUGUACGCGCAGAUGCAUCUCCAAGAUUCAAGAACAUGGCUCGUGGAGGAGGCUCGAUAGAUUUGGAAGCAAUAGGGACUUCAAAUAGUGGUCCAAAACUUGCACCAUUGAUCAGAAAUUUUAUGUCUAAAGGGCUGAGUGGUGAUUACAAUAUCAGUGAUGGUCAGUUACAACCAUCCGAAUUCGAGAUUGUGAAUGUGAUUGGUAAUGGAGUGAACACUGUCGGAUUCUGGACGGUACAGAAUGGCGUUUCCAAGGAUCUUGCCAUCAUAUGGCCUGGCAAAACAACUAUCGCGCCUAAUGGCUUGAGUGGGAGCAAGUUGAGAGUCGGAGUUCCUAUAAACAGAACAUUUGACGAAUUUGUCAAAGUUGAAAAGGAUGAAGAUGGUGUUGUUAAAGCAACUGGUUUCUGCAUUGAUGUUUUUGAGGAAGCUUUGCAGUCAUUAGCCUAUGGAGAUGGACUUGCAAUAGAGUAUAUCGCAUUUGAAGUUGAAAAUUAUGAUGACCUUGUUUAUCAAAUAUUUCUUCAGAAUAUUGAUGCAGUUGUGGGAGAUGUGACCAUUACAAGUAACAGAUCAAAACUUGUUGAUUUCACUGUUCCUUACACAGAACCUGGAGUUGCUAUGCUCGUGCUAACCACAGAUAUAAAGACGAAGAAUGCUUGGAUAUUCAUGAAGCCUCUAACACUUGGCCUCUGGCUGACCAUAGGAGCCUUCUGCAUCUUCACCGGAUUUGUAGUUUGGGUUCUUGAGCAUCGCGAGAACACAGCUUUCGCAGGUCCAGCUAUGCAGCAACUUGGGACGACGUUGUGGUUCUCUUUCUCAACCCUUGUUUUUUCACAUAAGGAGAAUGUGACGAGCAACUUGACAAGAUUCGUAGUGAUCGUGUGGCUGUUUGUGGUGCUGGUUUUGACAUCAAGUUAUAACGCCAACUUGACAUCUAUGCUGACAGUACAGCAGCUCAAGUCUAUAGAUAUGAUCAAGAAGGGUGAAUACAUUGGCCACAAAAACGGCUCACUAAUCACUGGAUUCUUGAAAGGUAGUGCUGUAUUCAACAACUACAACUUGAGAUACUUCGGCACAAUUGAGCAAUACGAAGACGCCCUCUCCAAAGGUAGCAGAAAUGGAGGAGCAGCUGCAAUUGUUGAUGAGAUCCCUUAUCUUAAGCUAGUCCUUGGCAAGCACUGCGACAAGUAUACCAUGAUCGAUCCCAUAUACAAAACCUCGGGUUUUGGAUUUGCAUUUAGGAAGGGCUCACCAUUAGUCGGUGAUGUUUCAAUAGCAAUAUUGGAAAUGAAAGAGAAUGGGAAAAUGGAUUUGAUCACAAGAAGGUGGUUUGGAGCACAAGUCUGCUGUGCUGAUGGAUUGGAAGGCCUGGGUCCGGAUCGUUUCACUGGCCUUUUCCUCAUUGCGGGGGUAUCAUCAUCAAUGGCUCUAGCUGCGUUCUUCUCCGAAUUCUUUUAUGAGAACCGGGAUAUAUUAGCCUCAUCGGCUUCAGUCAAGGAAAAGCUGCAAAGUCUUGCUAGAGCUUUUGUUGAGAGAAAAGAUGAAGGACUCACAACAGUUGGUAUAGAAAUGCAAGAGGCUAAUAAUUCAUAACUACAAAGUUGUUUUUUGUUGUUUUGCAUACAAAUAUCCAAGUUUAUUCAUAGUGGG